AUGCCUCUGGUGCCGGAGAAGUUGCGGGCCCGGCAGGAGGUCCGGGCUGCCCUGGGCAGCCAGUUCUGGGGCCAGGAAGCGGCCUCGCCCCGGUCCAUCGAUGGCAAGACCGUCCUCAACCCAUGCGAACCCGUGCCCCUGGGGCUCAUGGCCCCCUCUGGCCUCUCCCGCACCCAGCAGCUGCUCGCUGCCCAGGCCCUAGGCAUCCUGGCCCUGCCCUCCUACCUGGGCGAUCGUGGUGGACUGAUCCUCGACAGGGUGCUGGCCAGGAUCGGGGGCCGGACGUGGUGGGCCACGCUGGGCUCCAGGAUGCACGCCCAGCGCGCCUUCCGCCAGGGGGCGGCCCUGGACGGGCCAGCCAUGCUGCGUCCCCUGAAAGACCCCCAGAACUACGCCGCCUGCCUGCGCCUCCACUCCCAGAUCGCACGCCUGGCGUCCGGCCAGGAGGUGGUGGAUGCCACCGGGGUCGCGUGUGUCGUGCCACUCACCGCCUCCCUGGACCUCUCCUCCGCCUUGGACCGGGGGGACGGCAUGCAGUACCGCAUCGGCCUCCACCAGGCGCUGGCCCCUGCUGACAGCGACGGCAGCGGCCCGCUCCGUAGCACGCAGCAUGUGCAGGGCGCAGUGGCCGUGGAGGGCGAGGCGUACUUGAACACGUCGCUGCGCGUCUUCCUGUCGGCGGGCAUCAGCGGGCAGCUGGGGCGGUUCAGGCGGCGUUGGCUGGACUUCACCGCCGCCGCGCUUCGAGUGGACGUGGGCCUGACCUCGCAGCAUGUUUUGGGCGCGCUGCCGGCCGCCCCCGACGCCCACACUGCCGUCGGAGGAGGCUGGGCCGGCACGGCGGGCGGCGCGUCGACCGGCCUCGGCCCCUGCGCCAACCCUGACCGGCACCCGGCCUUCGCGCUGGAGGGGCGCGGCACCUGGCACGCACUGUCCGCGGGGCUGGCGCAGCAGGUGUGGGGCCCGCUGCGCGCGAGGUGCGACCUGCGCUUCGCGCUGGACCCCACCUACGUCCCUGCCGACGAGGGCGAGCGCUCCACCGUGCACGGGCUGGUGGCCACCGCGCUGAGCGUGCGCGCCAGCAGGCUGGAGACGGUGGUGGGGGCGGACUGCGUGCUGCCGGGAUCGGGGGGCGCGGCGCGCCUGGUGGUCUGGUACUCGCCGCAGCGGCGGGAGGGCAUGGCGGAGGUGCACCUCUUCUGA